GAGUGUGUUCUCCUCUGUGCGCGCGUCAGGUAGCUCCAUAUAGGGACUGAAGAGGCACUUCAGAGCAACUCUGGCACUGCAGCCGCUGCAUGAUGGGGCGCACAGGGGGCAGUGCCAUGUACACUCUCUCCAGCGUGCUGCUCUUGAGCGGAGAGAACCGUUCUCUGGAUUCCAGUUUGUCCAGUGACCUCAUGAUGGGAACGUCUGGAAACGGCACCGCGAACUCGAACGGAUCCGACCCGUUUGGCAGGAAUGAGGAGGUGGCCCAAAUCGAGAUCAUGGUCCUGAGCAUCACCUUUGUGGUUGCAGUGAUUGGAAACGUGAGCGUCCUUUUGGCGAUGUACAACACCAAGAAGAAGAUGUCGCGGAUGCACCUCUUCAUCAAACACCUCAGCCUGGCUGAUCUGGUGGUCGCCUUCUUCCAGGUGCUACCGCAGCUCUGCUGGGAGAUCACCUUCCGCUUCUACGGCUCAGACUUUCUGUGCAGGAUUGUAAAGCACCUCCAGGUGAUGGGAAUGUUUGCGUCCACCUAUAUGAUGGUGAUGAUGACUUUGGACCGUUACAUCGCCAUCUGCCACCCUCUGAAAACCCUCCAGCAGCCCACCAAGCGCUCCUACAUCAUGAUUACCUCCACGUGGAUGUGCAGCCUGGUGCUCAGCACCCCGCAGUACUUCAUCUUCUCCCUGAGUGAGAUCAAAAACGGCUCGGACGUGUACGACUGCUGGGCGCACUUCAUCCAGCCCUGGGGCGCAAAGGCGUAUAUCACCUGGAUAACAGUGGGCAUCUUCCUCGUCCCUGUAGUCAUCCUCAUGUUGUGUUACGGGUUCAUCUGCCACAGUAUAUGGAAAAACAUAAAGUACAAGAAAAGAAAAACGACGGCUGGAGCAUCAAAUAAGAACGGGCUCAUCGGGAAGAACUCCGUCAGUAGCGUCACCACCAUCUCCAGAGCCAAACUCCGCACGGUUAAAAUGACUUUUGUGAUCGUUUUGGCCUACAUUGUUUGCUGGUCGCCGUUUUUCAUAGUGCAAAUGUGGUCUGUGUGGGAUGAAAACUUCUUGUGGGACGAUUCUGACAACACGGCAGUGACUCUGUCGGCACUCCUCGCCAGUCUCAACAGCUGCUGCAACCCGUGGAUUUACAUGAUCUUCAGCGGCCACCUCCUGCAAGAUUUUGUGCACUGCUUCUCCUGCUGCCGGAGGGUAAACGCUGAUAAGAAAGAGGACUCGGACAGCAGCAUCAGACGGACCACGUUGCUGACUAAGAUGACCAACCGGAGCCCCACAGGCAGCACUGGCAACUGGAAGGAGCUGGACAAUUCUCCCAAAAACUCUGCUCAGGCAGAGUAAACAGCUGAGCAGAGACAUCUUAAAAUG